ACUCUCGAAGAGUACUAAAUCGAGAGUCUCUCUUCAAUCAGAUUCAGAUCGAUUGGAUUUAGGGUUAGGGUUUGAUAAUCCACGUCUUAGAUUUGGUAGUAAUUUUGAAAAUUGCAGGGUAGAUUGUUCCGAUGGAAGGAGGAAAACGAAGCAGGGCUUACCUGCAAUUUGUUCUGCUUCUAUUGGUCGCUUGCUUUGCGUCCCAGCUCUACGCUUCUUCCGAUGUGAUCUUUGCUGAGUCAUUUGAUGAACCGUUCGAUGGGCGUUGGAUCGUAUCUCAGAAGGACGAUUAUAAAGGUGAAUGGAAACAUGCAAAGAGCGACGGACAUGAUGAUUAUGGGCUUCUCGUGAGCGAGAAGGCGAGGAAGUAUGCAAUCGUGAAGGAACUCGAUGAGCCUGUGAUUCUCAAAGAUGGAACUAUUGUCCUUCAAUUUGAAACUCGUCUUCAAAAUGGACUUGAAUGUGGUGGUGCAUAUCUGAAAUACCUCCGACCCCAGGAAGCUGGGUGGUCAUCCAAGGAGUUUGACAACGAGGCCCCCUACUCUAUUAUGUUUGGACCUGAUAAAUGUGGGGCCACAAACAAGGUGCACUUUAUUCUAAAGCAUAAGAACCCAAAGAGUGGGGAGUACGUUGAACACCAUCUCAAGUACCCACCAUCAGUGCCAUCUGAUAAACUAACACACGUUUAUACUGCUAUUUUGAAACCUGAUAAUGAGGUGCAAAUCCUGAUUGAUGGGGAAGAAAAGAAGAAGGGUAACUUCCUCUCUGCCGAAGACUUUGAGCCAGCACUCAUUCCUGCCAAGACAAUUCCUGACCCCGAUGAUAAGAAGCCCGAGGACUGGGAUGAGAGAGAAAAAAUUCCAGAUCCAGAGGCUGUGAAGCCAGAAGACUGGGAUGAGGAUGCACCCAUGGAAAUUGAAGAUGAUGAAGCUGUAAAACCCGAGGGGUGGUUAGAUGAUGAGCCUGAAGAGGUUGAUGAUCCUGAAGCAACAAAACCGGAAGAUUGGGAUGAUGAGGAGGAUGGUGAAUGGGAGGCACCAAAGAUUGACAACCCAAAGUGUGAGGCUGCCCCUGGUUGUGGCGAGUGGAAGAGGCCAAUGAAGAGGAAUCCCGCCUACAAGGGAAAAUGGCAUGCCCCACUUAUUGACAACCCUAAUUACAAGGGUAUUUGGAAGCCUCAGGAAAUUCCAAACCCUGAUUACUUUGAUAUUGACAAACCUGAUUUUGAGCCCAUUGCUGCCAUUGGCAUUGAGAUCUGGACGAUGCAGGAUGGCAUAUUGUUUGACAACAUUUUGAUAGCUAGUGAUGCGGAAGUUGCCGAAUCCUACAGGGAGACCUCAUGGAAACCGAAAUUCCAAGUCGAGAAGGAGAAACAAAAGGCUGAGGAUGAAGCUGCCAGUGUUGCAGAUGGUCUCCAAGGCUACCAGAAGGUGGUCUUUGACGUCCUCUACAAGAUUGCAGAUGUUCCUUUCUUGAGUGCUUACAAGCCUAAAAUUCUGGAUGUCAUUGAGAAGGCAGAGAAACAACCAAACCUUACCAUCGGCAUCAUCGCCUCCGUUGUCGUGGUUGUGCUCUCAAUUUUGUUGAAGAUCAUUUUCGGUGGGAAGAAGCCGGCAGUAGCAGCCAGCAGUGAGGCAAAUAUUGCACCAGUAGCCGAAACUUCCGACAAUCAAGGAAGCGGUGAAGAGAAGGAAGAGAAGGAAGAGCAGAAUGAGAAGGAGGACACUGCUGCUGCUCCUCGUCGGAGGAGGCGCGAGAAUUAGGUCGGAGGAGAAAGAGAGGGAGGUAGCAAGGGGAUAGUUGUUUCACCUUUUGGUAGAUUUUGAUCUUUAGUUGUUUGUUCUCUCCAUCCGGAAAUUUUAACUGAACUACCAAUCCCGCAUAUUUUUUUUUACUCCAUAUCCAGGUUUGUUUCGAAACAAUUUAAUGUAUGAGAUUGUAAAUGAGAUUUUCUAUCAGGGUCUGAUACUGUCAGUUCUUUCCCUGCAUCAAGAUUAGAAUGGGCUGAGAAAAUUAAAACAUUUUUAUGUUUACAAUUGUUGGUAGAUAGUUUGAAAUAUAUUUUAGUGUUUGAACUUAA